UCACAGUUCCGAAAGAAUAUCUUCUUCCCGAAAUCAACCGCCGUGCUGUCUCAGACCCAGAUUUUAACGUUGAAAAGCUUGAUAAAGUUUCGAAUAAUCGAGUCAAAACGUUCCUUGAUAAAAUGCAUGAUGUUGUGAUGUAUGAAAAAGUGGUCACAGGAACAUUGGAGUCUAAAACUGACACAUUGGUGGACGAUCUGCUUCGUAUCGCCGACUUGAAUGACUGGCCCUUGAAGUUAAUAAAUUAUCCGCUAUGUAGACUAGUUAUUAAAGAAAACCAAUAUGUUUCAGCAGACCCCGAAUUUGUGAUUGGUAAUCGAAAAUUAAGUAUGGUGGCUAUAGAGGACAAACAUAUCAAAAAUGUUUGGAAACCAAACGGUUUCGGGGAAACACAAAUUGCCGUACAGAUUGUUGCCUGCGGAAAUGAGAACAUACGUGCCACUAGUAAAGAGGAAUUUAUUAAUCAAACCAUAUUUGCUAUGCGCGUCAUCUCAACGUACGUGACAUUCUACAAAGCAGUAAUUCCUGCAGAAUAUUGGUCCGAAUUUGAUUGUGGUCUACCCAAAGUGGCAUCAGUUAACGUUAAAAGAUGGCCAGGGGAGAACGGAAAGCAGGAAGGUCUGGAUUUAGUAGAACCAGAUGGGAGACGAGAAGUGCUGGGAGCAUUAAUUAAAAUUCGCCAAUUUCUUCUGCGGAAUGAACAACCUGGUACUACAAUACAAAAUGUGACGACGAAUGAUAAUACAGACAGUGGUAAAGAAAAAUCAUCGAGUUAG